AGCCGAGAUCGUGCCAUUGCACUCCAGCCUGGGCGACAGAGCGAGAUGUCAUCUCAAAAAGAAAAAAAGAUAACACUCCAUCUUUCAUAGAUGACCCUAACGAUCUGCCUCCACUUAGCCUGAGAUAAGAAAAGAACUAAUAUGUCACCAAGCUGGCUCAAUAAUCCCCUCCUUGGUCAGCAGUCUGAGCCCUGUGUGGUGGUCACUCGACUAUUACAUCAUCUGCCCAACUGUUUCUGUGGCUCUGAGUGAGGAGCAAAAGAAGGGAUCCACCUAUUCGGUUCCAAAACCUAAGGAUAAGUUGAUGGAGAAGCAUUCCCAGGAACCCAGGCAGGCAGACAGGGAGUCGGAGAAGCCUGUGGACAGCCUCCACCCGGGGGCCGGGACAGCCAAGCACCUGUUGCCGGCAGCUUCGCUGGAAGAGAAACCUGAUGUAAAGCAAAAGUCCAGCAGGAGGAAAGUGGUCGUUCCACAGAUCAUCAUCACGCGAGCGUCAAAUGAGACGCUCGUCAGCUGCAGUUCCAGCGGGAGUGACCAGCAGAGAACCAUUCGGGAGCAGGAGGACUGGGGCCCCUACCGGCGGCACAGGAACCCCAGCACAGCAGACGCCUACAGUUCACAUCUCAAAGAAUAAACAAGCACCCUUGCAUGGCACUCGUUACUCCCUGCAAUAGGCGUCUCAGGAAGGGCCACCCCACCCUGUGAGAAACCGAGGCCCCUUCUCCAGUGAUCUCGGGGAGGGUGGCACCAGGCCUGCCCCACCCUGUGAGAAACCGAACCCCCUUCUCCAGUGCUCUCGGGGAGGGUGCACCAGGGCCACCCCACCCUGUGAGAAACCGAGGCCCCUUCUCCAGUGAUCUCGGGGAGGGUAGCACCAGGCCCGCCCCACCUUGGAGAAGCUGCGGCCCCUUGUCUGGUGCCCUUUGGUCCUGCCUUCCCCAAAGCUGCUUACAGCUCGGUCGAGGCAAGAGUGACUGGUUCAGAGAGCGAGCUUUGUGGUGAUAAAUGAAUAAAUUAGUAUGUUCAUGUU